CUUCCGGGGGCGUCCCCCGGGGGAGGUCGGUGGCACGGUAGUCGUGGAGGAGCACUGGUAGCGUAAGCAGCCGCGGGCGAUGCAAGUUCCGGACACGGCUUCGCUCUCUAGAUUAAUGACUGUCUCUCCUCUUAUCUAGUCCUGUGUUGUCUCCCGACCAGCAGCUCUAAUUAACACGAGCUUUCGGUGUGCGGUUGCUGAGGAGACGCCGUCACCGCCCCCGUCCCGGGGCCGAGUGAUAGUGUCUGUCGCGUCGCGUCGUCCCCCGCGCCGCUUCCUUGCCCCCAGUGGCGGGCACAGUUCUCACUCGGAGCACUACCCCCAGCUACAUGAAUGGAAAUCGGCUCCGCAGGACCCGUUGGGGCCCAGCCCCUACUCAUGGUGCCCAGACGACCUGGCUAUGGCACCAUGGGCAAACCCAUUAAACUGCUGGCUAACUGUUUUCAAGUUGAAAUUCCAAAGAUUGAUGUCUACCUCUAUGAGGUGGAUAUUAAACCAGACAAGUGUCCUAGGAGAGUGAACAGGGAAGUGGUUGACUCAAUGGUUCAGCAUUUUAAAGUAACUAUAUUUGGGGACCGUAGACCAGUUUAUGAUGGAAAAAGAAGCCUUUACACAGCCAAUCCACUUCCUGUGGCAACUACUGGGGUAGAUUUAGAUGUUACGUUACCUGGGGAAGGUGGAAAAGAUCGACCUUUCAAGGUGUCAAUCAAAUUUGUCUCUCGGGUGAGCUGGCAUCUACUGCAUGAAGUACUGACAGGACGGACCUUGCCUGAGCCACUGGAGUUAGACAAGCCAAUCAGCACUAAUCCUGUCCAUGCUGUCGAUGUGGUGCUACGACAUUUGCCCUCCAUGAAAUAUACGCCUGUGGGGCGUUCCUUUUUCUCAGCUCCAGAAGGAUAUGACCACCCUCUGGGAGGGGGCAGGGAAGUAUGGUUUGGAUUCCAUCAGUCCGUUCGGCCUGCCAUGUGGAAAAUGAUGCUUAAUAUCGAUGUUUCUGCCACUGCCUUCUACAAAGCACAACCUGUAAUUCAGUUCAUGUGUGAAGUUCUUGACAUUCAUAACAUUGAUGAGCAACCAAGACCUCUGACUGAUUCUCAUCGUGUAAAAUUCACCAAAGAGAUAAAAGGUCUGAAGGUUGAAGUGACUCAUUGUGGAACAAUGAGACGGAAAUACCGUGUUUGUAAUGUAACAAGAAGGCCUGCCAGUCAUCAAACUUUUCCUUUACAGUUAGAAAAUGGCCAAACUGUGGAGAGAACAGUAGCACAGUAUUUCAGAGAAAAGUAUACUCUUCAGCUGAAGUACCCGCAUCUUCCCUGUCUGCAAGUGGGGCAGGAGCAGAAACAUACCUACCUUCCACUAGAAGUCUGUAAUAUUGUGGCAGGGCAACGAUGUAUCAAGAAGCUAACUGACAAUCAGACUUCUACUAUGAUCAAGGCAACAGCAAGAUCUGCACCAGAUAGACAAGAGGAAAUUAGCCGAUUGGUAAGAAGUGCAAAUUAUGAAACAGAUCCAUUUGUUCAGGAGUUUCAAUUUAAAGUUCGGGAUGAAAUGGCACAUGUAACCGGACGCGUACUUCCAGCACCUAUGCUACAGUAUGGAGGACGGAAUCGAACAGUAGCAACACCAAGCCACGGAGUGUGGGACAUGCGAGGGAAACAGUUCCACACAGGCGUUGAAAUCAAAAUGUGGGCUAUAGCUUGUUUUGCCACACAGAGGCAGUGCAGAGAAGAAAUACUGAAGGGUUUCACGGACCAGCUGCGGAAGAUUUCCAAGGAUGCAGGGAUGCCCAUCCAGGGCCAGCCUUGCUUCUGCAAAUAUGCGCAGGGGGCAGACAGUGUGGAGCCCAUGUUCCGGCAUCUCAAGAACACCUACUCAGGGCUGCAGCUCAUUAUCGUCAUCCUGCCAGGGAAGACACCAGUGUAUGCUGAGGUGAAACGUGUAGGAGACACACUUUUGGGUAUGGCUACACAGUGUGUUCAAGUCAAGAAUGUAAUAAAAACAUCUCCUCAAACUCUCUCAAACCUGUGCCUAAAAAUAAAUGUUAAACUCGGAGGGAUAAAUAAUAUUCUUGUACCUCAUCAAAGACCUUCUGUGUUCCAGCAACCAGUGAUCUUUUUGGGAGCAGAUGUCACUCAUCCACCUGCUGGUGAUGGGAAGAAACCUUCUAUUGCUGCUGUUGUAGGAAGUAUGGAUGCUCACCCAAGCAGAUAUUGUGCCACAGUAAGAGUUCAGAGACCCCGACAGGAGAUCAUCCAGGACUUGGCUUCCAUGGUCCGGGAACUUCUCAUUCAAUUUUAUAAGUCAACUCGGUUCAAACCUACUCGUAUCAUCUUUUAUCGGGAUGGUGUUUCAGAGGGACAGUUUAGGCAGGUACUGUAUUAUGAACUACUAGCAAUUCGAGAAGCCUGCAUCAGUUUGGAGAAAGACUAUCAACCUGGAAUAACUUACAUUGUAGUUCAGAAGAGACAUCACACUCGACUAUUUUGUGCUGAUAGGACAGAAAGGGUUGGAAGAAGUGGCAAUAUUCCAGCUGGAACAACAGUUGAUACAGAUAUUACACACCCAUAUGAGUUUGAUUUUUACCUCUGUAGCCAUGCUGGAAUACAGGGUACCAGCCGUCCUUCACACUAUCAUGUUUUAUGGGAUGAUAACUGCUUUACUGCAGAUGAACUUCAGCUGCUAACUUACCAGCUCUGCCACACAUAUGUGCGCUGUACACGAUCUGUUUCUAUACCUGCACCAGCGUAUUAUGCUCACCUGGUUGCAUUCAGAGCCAGAUACCAUCUUGUGGACAAAGAACAUGACAGUGCUGAAGGAAGUCACGUUUCAGGACAGAGCAAUGGACGAGAUCCACAAGCUCUUGCCAAGGCUGUACAGAUUCACCAAGAUACCUUACGCACAAUGUACUUUGCUUAAAAGUCCAAGUCUAUUCUCUGAGAGGAAAAACUGAAAGAGGAAUGGACGUACAGGACGUGUGUUUCCAGUGGAGUCAGUUCAGUGGGGAUGCCUCCAGCCAUACAGAAACCAACACUGUGGGGGGACCAGGGUCUGAUCCUUAUGUUGAUACAAGGAAGAUUGUUUACUUCAUCAAGGAACACAGCUCCAUUAUGCAAUAUGAAACCAGCCAACUGCUUUUUUGUGCGGUCUCCUGUAGGAAGUAUCGCGAUUGUUUUGUUUUUCACUUCUUGUAGUCUAACCCUUUUAAUGCCUUUACCUCAAGUUGCUUGGCAGCACAACUCUCUUUGCAAAAAAAGUAAAGAAAAAGUAAAUGAUGGUUUAAAAAAACAAAAAAACACCAACAUGAAUAAUCAAAGUGAUUGUUCACAAUUAUGUGUGCAAAAAAAUUAAUGUGCAUUUGUGUAUUCUUGUAAAGUGUCUGUAUAUAUUAAAUAUAUACAUGCAUACUCAUAUGCAUAUAUAUCUAGAUCUAGGUGAUAAUAGAUAUAUAUGUGUCUGCGUAUAUAUUUUUAUAGUUCAUUCCAUUGGGGAACUUUCUUUCCCUUUUAUUCAUCCUCACCACCACUUUAGUUUCUCUGUCUACCUCCCUUGCCUUCAUCACCUCCAUUUUUUUCCCUAAUGCUACCAGUGACCUUCAUAUGUUCAUAUAUCUGGUUCAUUUGGAUGUGGAGCAUGGCAAACUA